AUGAUUAAACAACAGCAACCACAACAACUUAAGGCACAAAGCACCCAGGUCCCUCAGACCAUUACAUACGCCAUAUAUGCAUAUAAUUCAAAGACGGCAGAACAAACGCAAAGGUUGAAAUAUGGAGAUUUGGAGAUAGUAUUGAAAAAUGACCAUUUCGAAUUCGUUUGCAAGGGUGGUGCAGUGAUAUCAAAUAUAAAAGAAAUUUUAUUUAUGAAUUCAAAAAUUAAAGGUAUAACGGAUGAUAUAACAUCAAUUCCACCAGAAGAACAAAGAUAUUACGCAUUAAAUGCAUUUCCUAAAGUUUUGAAGAUUGGAAGAUUUAAUUUAAAUGAGGAAUUCAUAAAAGGUUUCCUAAAUGACAUAAUGAAGAAAGCAGAUAAGGAAUAUGUUGACGAAAAAGAUAAUGAAAUUAAAGAAAGUGUUGAAUGGUAUCAUGAAUGGACAUCAAAGAUUUUAAAAACUAAAGCUGAUACAGGAUGGGUUUCAGGAUGUUUAGACCUUAAAGCGGAUAAAACAUAUGUUAACGAAAUAUACCAAAGUUUGAUAGGAACAAAAAAUAUUGAAACUAUUGUUGGCGACUUUUCUGUCAAUGAAGAAAAUAAAUAUUUUAGAUGGCAGUUUGUACACUCCUUAAAAAAUGGUAUACGGUGGAAACUCAUUCCGAAAAAUAACAAUGAAAUGUAUGUAAGUUAUAAAAAGAAUGAUGACACACAAGUUAAAGUUCCAUUAGACAACAACUGCUACUUAAACUUAUAUGGAGACGAACAAAAGAAAUAUUUAAGAGUUUAUGAAAUGGCAGAUAUGACAUUGCCUGACCCAGCUCCAGCACCAUAUUAUUAUGACUAUGGAGAUGAUGUCAGAACACCACAUGUAGAUGAACAAAAGUUAACAUUAUAUUUAGAUUAUUAUAGAUAUAAAAGAUAUAAUGCAAUAGAAAAAACGAGAAUAGUAUAUUAUUAUACAGAUGACAGAAAUAAAUAUUAUAGUCAAGAUUUUACCUACCCUGAAAACAUAAGAUUAUAUUAUAAAAAAUAUUCUGACACAAACCAGAAGAAACCUGAAAUAGUUACACUAUAUUUUAAGUUCAAAAGAGACAAUCCUAUAAUAUCUCAUAUGUUUGAUUUAAUGAACCCAGUAGGUUCUAUUUAUACAUCUAUGGAUGCAAGAGGUCCUCAAGUAAUGUUUGGUGUUGGUGCAUGGGAACAAAUAGUUGACAGGUUUUUGUAUUGUGCAAACUCUUCAAAGGAAAAAGGUGGAAGUAAAACGAUUUCAGGUGAAAAUUUACCUGCACACAGUCACUACAUAGAUUUAAGCACAUCUCAAGCAGGUUGGCAUAAGCAUAGAUAUUGGGAUUGGUCAGCAAUGACAAAAGGUAAAGGAUAUGAUGUUAAAGACGACGUUAAGUUUGCCAUAAAUUGUUACUGGAGUGACACUCAGGGAGAAGGAAACCAUACACAUUUCGUUUCAGGAUAUACACAAACAACGGGACAAAGUAAAGAUUACAUGCCACCAUUUAUGACUGUAUUCGCAUGGUACCGUGUUUAUUGA